GGCGCCUCGUACCUAAACGUCGUGAGAACUGUUAAUCCUUCCAUCUACAGAGACCCAAGCCGCAAAUGUCAAAUCGACGGAGGUAAACAGUGGCAAUUUUUUUCUGCUCUCGUCAUCCGCGAAACGGACGCAAAGGCAAUCCUCCUUGAUGUGAUUUUUAAGUUUUUACUCGCCGCUACGAAAAUGUCAGACGAGGAAGAUACCACGAUCUUGUUGAACAGUGCCACUAGAACCAUCGAAACGUCUAUAAGCAAGGUUCCGAAUGAUUAUCAAUGUUUACCGCCGAAAACUCUGAGGAAACCACUUCCAAAGCCGAACGACAACCUGACACCGUUGACGUCGGGCAAUAAAAAUAUAUUCGUCUCCAUGGUGGCGAUUUUAGCAGGUAUCGCGUUUGGAAGCGACAUGGGCAUUGCAAAACCCAUUGCCCCUUUGAUCAAACACGAGUUCAACUUGAAUUGUUUCGAAAAGGAUUUUGUUAUAAGUAUUUGGUUUGUUGGAGCCCUUGUUGGCGGAUUAACCGGCGGUUUUUUGAUCGAUUCAUUCGGCCGACGUUGGGUAAUGAUAUCAACGCUCAUUUUUCUAACAUUUGGCGCCACGCUGUCAGCACUGGCGAAUCACUACAUUUUGUUACUUGUCGCACGGAUAAUUUGCGGAUAUUCCGGAUCUGUUUCUGCAAUAGCUCACUGUAUAUACAUGGCGGAGGUGUCCGAGUCAAAUAAACGUGGAUACAAUAUAAUGUUGUAUCAAUUGGGCACAGCUACCGGAUUCUUGGUUUCUGUGAUUGCCGCUGCUAUAAAAAACAUAGACUAUCAAUGGCGAUUUUCCAUUGGUAUAACAGCCGUGCCCGCCUUGGCCGCCUGUAUAGCAACCAUCAUAUUCCUUCAACGAUCGCCACCGUUCUUACUCUACAAAAGAAUGGCAAAUGUUUCGAAAACGUCGUCGAAGAAAGCUUGGUACACGAUCUUCGAGACUCUGACGAUUAUGGCUUUCUUACUGAUACUGCAACAGGGUACCGGUAAACGGCAAGUUUUGUAUUACGCGCCAAGAUUGUUUGCAUUAUUGGGAAUUUGCUCUAACGUUGCAGAAGUCACAGCUUUGAUAUCGCUCGGCAUCGUGAAAGUAUUCAGCACGAUGUUAUCUCUGGUCAUAGUGGAAAGAUGCGGACGUCGAACGGCACUGAUUACAUCGGCCACCAUCUGCAUGACAACAAUAUCGCUAUUGUCUCUACUCGCUACGAUAGACAGGGGCGAUGAUAAUUUAGACGUUGUGAACAACCAUUGCAAGAAUCAUCACAACGAGGAUGUUAAGAUUCAUUCGAUUUUACCGACUGGAUCACCGCCGCCGUUCCCUCUACUGCCAACUCCGUUAGCUAUUGUUCCACCGAGUCCGGAAACCUGGACGCAAAUUAAAUCGUCUUGCGAAACACAGAAUAUCGCUGUUUCCGAAGGCCUGACUGGUGGCUUGCGUAUUCUAGCAGUAAUAACGCUACUCGUGUAUGAAGCAGCGUACGCUUUAGGACUUGGACCAGUACCACUUUUGAAUCUCACGGAAGUUUUCCCCGCAGCCAUACGAGGGAAAUGCAUCAGUUUUGUUUCCAUUGUCAUAUGGAUAACGCACAUCAUUGCCACGGAAUCCGUCAGUGCUAUGACAAGGUCAUUAACGUUAGCUGGAUCCUACUUGUUUUACAGUUUCAUGUGUCUCGUCACAAUAUUCUACGUCUUUUUAUUUAUUCCUGAAACAAAAGGCAAAUCUCUGCAUCAGAUCGCCCAGGAGUUACGAAAGAUUCCCCUCGGAACACGCAUAUGCAAUAAUCUGCGUAGUUUACCGCUUAUUUGUCAUAUUCAGUGGAUAAAAAAGUACGACGAAAAUGUAAGUAACGGGCAAAGUACCCUAAUUUGAAAACAGAAUUCCGGCUGGGUUAUCCUAAAAGUUUUCGCGGCUUUUAAUCAGUCUACGGUUUAAAGUGUCUUGGAGAACCAACAGAAUUGUUUUACAACUGCUCUGAGUCAUUUCAAAGAACGUUAUGCUUCUCCUUCAAAGCAAACGACUGAAAAACUUCGGCAAAUUUCAGGAUAAUCCAAUAAUCACAUGUAAUCUCUAUGUGUCUACGAAAGUAUUCCAAAUACUAUUAACUUUAUCCCAUUUUGCAAACUCGUAACUCUUCUAUACACUAUUGUGUUCAACAAGCAUUUGUAUGAAAAAAAGUACGACCGCUGAAUUUCGAUAAAAUUUUCUUAGCUUUAAAUUAUUACAGAACAUAUCAUACAAAACGUACUAAAGAUUGUCGGAAUCAUUUUCGACACGAAAGACUGACUAGUUUUUUAAUUUCACCUGCUGAUUUUUGUUCAUUUCACCGACAGUGAGUCAAAGUUUCUCAAAUAACAAUUGUUUUUCAAUAACUUGUACUUCCAUAAUUCUUUCUGACGUUGUCCACUGACGUUUUUCUUUCUUUUUUUUACAAUACAAUCACUUCUGUAGAAGGAUUAAUUACAAAGAUGUGAUUAGUAUUAGAUUAGAUAGAUACUUUGAACUAGAUAUUUUAUAGCGUAACAAAUUACGUUUAGAAAUGAAUACUUUAGAGAUUUCAAUAAGAAAACGUACGCGUUAUAUAAUAUUUAUCACUUUGUAAUAAAAAUAGUGAUAUCUUUCUUUUUCAUUUUUGCUACCCGCAUAAAAUCCUUUAAACGUUAAAUUGUUCGUCACGUUCGUUUGAACGUGCAUCGCGAUUUCUCUGCAUACAGCUAUAUAACGUGCAAUGUUCUUUGGUGCCAUUUAAGGUAAACACGACUAUGUAAAAAAAUCUUUUAUUAUACAUAACACUGCUGUAUAUAAAAAUAAUUUUCAUAUGUAUAAUUAUUGCAGACUUACAAUAUUGUAAAAUGUAAUAUUGUACUUGGCAACAAUACAGUUGGUUUACGUACUUAAUAAAAUGUAUAGAAAAUAUA